AGUUAGAAACCGGAACCUAGCGUAAAGCACUUAUUGUGGUGGGGAACUAUUAGUCCGACGCCCUACAGUAUUUCCGGAAAAAACACAAGCAAGGCUAUUUACAGCUUUCGCAUCACUUUUGUCAUUAAAAUAUUACAUAUCUUGGAGUGACAACAUACAGCACUCGAGCAUGAACGUGAACCAGGGCCAGGGGACAGUGGGGAGUGACCCGGUGAUUCUGGCCACCGCAGGAUAUGACCACACAGUGCGGUUCUGGCAGGCCCACAGCGGCAUCUGCACCAGGACAGUCCAGCACCAGGACUCACAAGUGAACUCCCUUGAAGUUACUCCCGACAGAAGUAUGAUUGCUGCUGCAGGUUAUCAACACAUCCGUAUGUAUGAUCUAAACUCCAACAACCCAAACCCGGUCAUAAACUAUGAUGGCGUCAGUAAGAACAUUACGUCAGUGGGCUUCCAUGAGGACGGCCGCUGGAUGUACACAGGAGGAGAGGACUGCAUGGCUCGCAUCUGGGACCUGAGGUCAAGGAACCUGCAAUGCCAGAGGAUCUUUCAGGUCAAUGCUCCCAUCAACUGUGUAUGUCUUCAUCCCAACCAGGCUGAAUUGAUCGUGGGGGACCAGAGCGGUGUGAUCCAUAUCUGGGAUCUGAAGACCGAUCACAACGAGCAGCUUAUUCCUGAACCAGAAGUGUCCAUCAACUCAGUCCACAUCGACCCAGACGCCAGCUACAUGGCAGCAGUCAAUAGCUCGGGAAACUGUUACGUGUGGAACCUGGCAGGAGGGAUGGGUGACGAGGUGACACAGCUCAUCCCCAAAACCAAGAUCCCCGCUCACAAGCGCUACUCCCUCCGCUGUAAAUUUAGUCCUGAUUCCACUCUGCUGGCGACCUGCUCGGCGGACCAGACGUGUAAGAUCUGGAGAACAUCUAACUUCUCUCUGAUGACGGAGCUGAGCAUCAAGAGUAACAACCCUGGAGAGACGUCCCGAGGCUGGAUGUGGGACUGUGCCUUCUCUGGAGACUCACAGUACAUUGUAACAGCCUCCUCUGACAACCUGGCACGGCUGUGGUGUGUGGAGACUGGUGAGAUCAAGAGGGAGUACAGCGGCCAUCAGAAAGCUGUGGUGUGUCUGGCCUUUAACGACAGCGUGCUGGGCUGAGGAGACAGCAGCAGUGGACUCCAGUGGAUGAGGAGCUGCACUACAGCGAAGCUCUGUGACUGUGUGUGUGUGUGUGUGUGUGUGUGUGUGUGUGUGUGUGUGUGUGUGUGUGUGUGUGUGUGUGUGUGUGUGUGUGUGUGUGUGUGUGUAUAUAUAUAUAUAUCCACACACCCAUCUGUCUCUGCUUCCACAAAAGCUUUUGAUUUAUCAGGAUAAGAGAGAGGAGAGAGGCUGUUUUUAUAUUUCUCAUAAGGAACACAUUUUGACAGAUUGGGGAUACAAGGAGGUCUAUGGGCUUGUUUGUGUCUUAUAGCUUGGGCGAGGAGUUUCCUUACCAUGAAAAACUCUGGGCCAUAGCUAGAAUAAUGUAUUUAGUUUCAGUAGCUCAAUCAAAGGUGAAAAGUCUCAAAUGUGAGGUCUUUGAAAAACUGAAAUGUGGACUGAGUCCCAUGUGUGACUGUACAGGAUAUGAUGAAUUCCAGUAAAGACUAACUGGUGUGUAACAGUUA